AAAAAUCGAAACAUCGAUGUUGGCAAACAUCGAUGUUUCCCCAGCUCUACUGCCAACGUAUCACAAUUCAAGGUGCCUGCAGACAACUAAUUUGUCUAUCUGGGCACAUUAUCAGUGUUGGAAAGCUUACCAGGGAUGACAACACAGUCCUACCAGCACUACCGCCUCGGAAGCAGCAGAAAAAAGCGGGAUUAUAAAUUUACAAAAGUUUAUGGUGGACUUUUUAAAGUGCGGAACCUGCAAAUAUGGAAACGCAAACGCCUACAAGAAGUGGGCGGCCUACACGCACGGCCACGCCUCGACUCUCCGAGAGAAAAAAGCAAUUGUUCCGCAGCAGAAGUUCUACGAAACAUGACAUUGAAGAGGAUAGCGAUGCGGAUGAUCCGCUUAGGGGGAUAUCGCCUCUGACGCCAACAAAAAGUGGCGCGAACGAGCACAAUAAAAAGAAUGCACAAAGCGUCAGCAUUGGCUCACGUAAAUCGAGCACAAUUAUUGAUGAAGGUCGUAGAAGGUUGCGCAGCAGCACUAGUAGUUCUCCUGAAAACAACAAAGAAAAUAAAGUUUCGCUUAAGACACGUGGCGUCGAUGGAGCAGCAACAGGAGCGUCAGCAGAUCAACUGCCCUCGCUAUUUACAACAACGAUGCGCAUCAAUAGUAAUAGCAGUAGUGCUAAUAACAGUCCACGCACGCCCAAGACUCCAGCCCGCCACAUUGUGUCUGAUUCGGAUGAGAGUGACGAUGGGAAUGAAAAAAUGAAAACAGUACGUCGGUGCACGGCAAUUAAACGUAAGCACUCUCCUCGAGUUGUCAAUCUAAAAGCGUCGCCAGAAUCCGCAUCGGGCUCCCCUCAAAGCAAACAAAGCAGACUUCAAAAGCAAUGCAUACCAACAAUGUCGUUCUAUUCGAAAGGCGGUGCUGGUUUAACAUCACCAGACAGCCCCCGGAGUAGCAGGACGUCCCUGUCAAGCGCUGCAGGGCAGCAGUACCAUCAACAGAGUAGCAAUAAAGGGAAAGUCAUAUCACCGACCACACGUCGUAGAGUUGGCAUUAACAAGGGCGUGAGACAUAAAAUACGGAAGCCACCACGUACGGCGCAGACAAAAGCGCUGCCUCCAACAGAUGUGGAUCUGAUUCUAAAGGCCUUGCGAAACGAUAAACUGCGGCUACUUAUAACCAAAAACCGCGAGGAACGCGCCAAAAUUGAAGAGGUGCACGAAAUUUUACGCAAAGCUAAAGAUCCGAUACAAAUGGCCAAACCAUUAAGCAUUAUGGCUAGCGAUGAUGCGAAUAAUAAUAAUAAUAAUAUUACCGGCCCCAAGGAGAAUUUCGAUGCUUGGCAACCAACAACAACAGAUUUUUCUGAUCUAAGUGAUUGCGAAGAGUGUGAAGAAACAGGAGUGCCUGAUGCAACUUCCACUACUACAUCGGAGCUUAUAGAGCCGGUAAUACCAAUUAUCAGGCAUGACGCACCUGGUACACGAAAAUUCUUUAAAUCAGGUCGACGAAGCAGUACCUGCAUGGAAGUAAGAAUUACGGACAACAUAAGGGCAAGUGUAAGCAAUGGAAAGAUCGCAUUGGUAGAGCCCAAGAAAGUUCGACGGGUGCGCGUCAGAUCGACAACUCAUUUCUCUAUGGAGCAGGCUACAGUGGAUGCAAUAUUACGGAAUUUGGAUGAUACAACAUUUGGGGACUCGAUUCAAUCGUCACCAGAGUUCAGUGCACCAACAGUAGCCCAUGAACCAGAAGUAGUGAUGGACGCAGAUCCCUUCGCUAAGUAUCGCCAACUUCUUCCUUAUAAUACAAAUGAUCCUGCAGUUAUUGAACAGCAAGAAUUGCUACUCGAGUUUCUUAUCAGCAAUGACAUUUGCACAGAUGAGAACUUUAAGAUAUUCAUUGCGGAUCCUGACAAUCAUAAGGAUGAAGCUACACGCAUUGUUGACGAGCUCUACGUUGUGGUCAAUGCCGAACAAAUGGCGGAAGAAAUGUGUGUAGAGGAGAAUGUCCCAGUUAAUAUAGUCCCAGUUGAACAGCCGGAGUCACACAUCGCAGUGACAGCUGUUGAAACCCAACCAAAACUGUUUCCCAUUUUCACACAGGAACGUGUUCAGCCGCUUCCCCAAAGGAGCACUAGGCGCAAAGCGCCUGCUUCGAUGCAGCUUUCUAUUGGCGCUAGCGGGUCCAAUCAAAUGCAAAUUGAUGCAGGACAAAAAGCGUUUGGAGCUAAGCAAUGUCAGCAAUGCGGCCUAGUCUAUACGGUGCACGAGCCCGAAGAGGAGCAGCUGCAUCGUGAAUAUCACAAUUCGGUGCAUGUAUUACGCUUCAAAGGCUGGAUCGAUGAGGAUAUUGUGGCAGUUUAUACUGAGUGGGCGAACGAUGGACGCAUCAUUCGAUUGACUGAACAGGCGCCUGCGGUGCGGCUAGAGCGGCUCAACGAAUUAAUAAAGUUGGUGGACAAAGAGUUGGGUUAUGCAUCCUACAUAGUUCCCAAGACAUUUGUAGCUUUUUUCGCCGUUCGUAAGCAGCAAAUUGUGGGCAUGUGUUUGGUACAGCCUUUAACACAGGCUCAUCGUUUCAUGCAAAUCGAUGGCAUCGAUUACUGCAGUGAAGAGGCUUACGAGGCUAGUUGUGGCAUUUCCCGCAUUUGGGUUUCACCGUUGCAACGGCGCCGCCGGAUUGCAACCAAAUUAUUGCGCGCCGUGCAAUUGCAUACGAUUUUGGGUCGGGAAAUUCCCAUGAAUAGGAUAGCGUUCAGCUCACCCACAGAUGAUGGUCGCAUAUUUGCGAGGCAAGUGACGCAGUGUGACAAUUUUUUAACCUAUUGAUUCGACGGGGGGGCUAUAAAUUUGGCUAUUGAAUAGCUAAUGUUUACAACGAAAAAUACUUGGGAAUGUUAUUCAAUUUUAUUGUUAAGAUCAAAGAAAAGAAUCGCUUAUUAUUAAAUUUAUAUUCAAUUACA